GAUGGUGUCAUUUGACUACGACUACCAGAAUCCUUCACUCUUUCUGUUUGUUAUGCUAAUUGGGGCAAUUGUUAUUUAAACCCCACUGGGAAUUCAAAAUUUAAAUAAUAAAGAAAAAACUAAAGGAAUUCUGGUAGUUGUAGUCAAAUGAUGUCAACAUGCAAAUCUGCUAUUCUCUAGUAUGUAACACCAUGUUGAUGAAAUGUAAGCCAUUCAUUGAACAAGAACACACUAAUUUAGUCACAGGUAAUGCAUACCGUUAUCAGAAUAAGCUUCGAUGCAAAUUUUCAGGUUAACAUUAUGCUGGAAAUUAUAAGGAUUUUUAAGGAAAGAAGGUGUUUUGGCCUGCAGGCACUGUAGUAGUUUUCCAUACAAUUCCAGUGAUUUUGCAAGUUUUCAAACCGCAAUAAAAUCGUUGCCUUUCAUUUUAAGAGCCUAGAAUUUUCCAUUCUUCCUAAUAUUUUAACCCUCUUUACAAGUCAGCAGGUUCUUUUUGCAAAUAAGAUGAUAAUGGUUUCUGGAUCAGAGGGCAAAGCUUCCUUCCUUCCAAUUACACUGCAAACAAAACAUUCCAAUUUUUUUGCAAUAUUCAAAUUGCCAUUAAAUCUCAACGUUACAUGGCAUUGGUCUGAAAAUUGUUCCAGCAAGUCCAGUUCCGAAAUUCAUUUAGCUUUGAUCAAAGGUCACGCGGCCAAACUGUUGCUCCUGUUGCAAAAGGUGAAAAAUUAUUUUUAGUUCACUGGGUUUUACUCCCAAGACCCCCAAGAACCAUUUAAAUGCUACAUAGCCCAAUGCAGUGUCUUAAACCAGUCCUACGUUCAAAACAGAAACACGCUUUUUAAAUACGAAGCUUACAAUUUUCAAGGGGUGAUUGAACCUCCCUCCCCGAUCCCCCAACCCAACCCUCCGCCUAUAUCCUAUACAAUCAUGUUCUGAGGUGAGUCAUGUGCAGUGUCAAAAGUUGAGCCGUUUUGGUCCGAAACAGAGUAUCGAUUUUGGAAUCCUCGAUUUUUGGGUAUUUCGGCCUGAAGAAGGGUAACGGUAUUUUAAACUUAAUAAAAAAUGCGCUGGACAGGACAUCCGCACAAGACUUUCGGGUAGUAACCCCCUACCCUCAGAAUUCAAACACAUGGACCGUGAAAUUUACUCACCUCUGGGAUUGAUGGAAACAAACCUGUAUACACUGAUGCGACACAAUUCAGCGUUGAUGGAAGUUACAGAACUGCAGCCGCGCAAAACUCAAUGUUUUGAAGGUCUGAAAGUUGGUCUGAAAAGUCCUGCAGAAGUUUUCAGAAGCCCCCGGUACACGUCAGCGGUUUUGCUAUCAAGGGUCUGGAGAGGGCCUGGAUUCCAGUUGAUUUCCCGCCAAUCGAUAAGGACAAAAUGGAGGCAUUUCUGAAGCACAGUAAGGACUGUGUGGAGAAGCUGUCUCAGUUUUCUGAGGUUCAUGUUGUGCUUGGCAAUGAAGCUUGUGAUCUUGAUUCAAUGGUGUCAUCUCUUGUGUAUGCAUUCUCCAUUUACAAGAAACUCCUCAGUGUUCCUGGAAGACCAACAGCUGUUAUUCCAGUGUUCAACAUACCCAGGGAAGACUUCUGUCUGCGCACUGAAGCAGUGUUCCUAUUCAAGAGAUUUCAUCUUGAUUGCAGUUAUAUUACAUUUGUAGAAGAUGUUGACUUGCAAAACUUGUUGGAAACAAAAAGACUGCAACUUGUUUUAGUUGAUCACAACAUUUUAGCUCAAAGACAAAAGCACAUGGAUGUUGCUGUCACUGAAGUCUUAGACCAUCAUAAAGAUCAAUGGCCAGCUGACUUAAAAGUCAGCAAGAAAAUUGAACUUGUGGGAUCCUGCUGCACACUUGUGGCUGAGAAAUUGCUGACAAUGGAUGUGUUGGACAGCCAAAUAACUGGCCUCCUAUUAGGAACAAUACUUCUAGACACAAUUAAUUUGGAUCCUAGAGCAGCACGAUCCACAGACAAAGACAAAGAAGUUGUUCGACAAUUGCAGGAUAAAUAUCCCGUGGCUCUAGAUGAACUAUACAGAUCUGUAAGCACAGCAAAGUUUGAUGUCUCUGGGCUCUCCACAUUGGAUCUUCUUCGGAAAGACUACAAAGCUUUACCUACAUACGUCAAUAAUCUUAAUGUUGGUAUCAGCUCCAUCAGUGGAUUAUCACUGAGCGAGUUCUUCUCAAGAACACAAGUACAACAGAAUUUAUUAGAAUACUGCCACUCAACAUCACUAGAUGUGCUGGUGAUCAUGUUUCUAUACUUUGUGGAAAGUCUGGAUGACCCUCCUAGAAGGCAGAUUGCUGUUUGUGGUCCACACGAAGAUGCAAAGAGAAAACUUGCGGAACAUUUGAGUAAAUCGGGAGAGCUUAAAUUGAGACAGUUCAGUGAAUCUUAUCAAAAGUGUUUUGUCUAUGAUCAGGAAAAUUUAACAGCGUCCAGGAAAGUUGUGUUUCCUCUUGUACUGGAGUUCAUUAAAAAUGAAUUCUGACUUUGUCCGCCAUAGCUAGGCAACCCAAAGGAGCUAUCAUUGUGGAAAAAAAUGGACUUAUGAAUGUGCUUGUCUGGGCUUAACUGAAUGUUUAAAGUUGUUUAACCUGCUGUUCUGUUACUGUGUGAUACUGAGGGGAUUCCCAUGCUUUAAAAGUGAGAAGGAAUUUUGAAAGAAAACCCAUAGAGCCAUUUGAACUCGAACCUUGUGUUGUAAGCGUGGCUUGAUUUCAUUUUUCCCCCAAGAGGUAUGUACAAAUUUAGAGUGCAUUACUUGCAAAAAAAAUUCGGACAUUUAAUUUUUGAACACUUUUGAUCUCAUUUAGGACAAAUU